AUGGGGUCGCUGGUGGCGCAUGGGGUCGAUGGUGUGCUGAGGUUCCAAGAACUUCAAGGGCAAGAAGUGAGGCGUUGGAACGCCACAGCUGCGGCCUUGAAUGCGGUGAGAAAACAGUGGCGUUUUACACGGGGCCUUUGUUGGGAUGGUGAAGCGGUCGUGAUCUUGCACCACGCGACGACCAUCAGAGAAGGAUAUCAGGCCAUGAUCCACUGCGGCAUCAUCCGCCAAUGCGCGGCCGUGAAGCACAUGUCUUGUGAGCUGCUGCGCUCCGGUGACAAGGCCAUCGUCACCUUCCGCUGGUGCUACCACGCCGAAUACAUCAGCUUGGGCGAGACCCUGCUGUUCCGUGAGGGCCGAACGAAAGGCUUGGGGAAGAUUAUCGAAGUCCUGGAUGACGGCUACACGCCACCGUGGCUCGCUUCAAGAAGACCGGGAAGACUGUUUGAGACCGUCUACUGCGAAACUGGGAUGGCCGAGCAUGGUGAAGAGCGAGGUGUCGCCUUUCUUUCGCCCGAGAGGGUGAUGUUGGAAGUUGGAAGCAAGCCAACCAGUGCCCAGCAGUUGAAGAACAGCUGGGUCAAAGCGUCACAGCGGCAGGCCUGGAAUGGACCUGGUCCAAUGGCACUCUACCCCUUCAUCGAAUCUGACCAGGUCAUGCCCUGGUUGGAAAUUCAACAUCUCUCCGAUGUGACCUUUAAAUCCAAUUCGCUGCCCGUGGCCGGGUCACGGGCCGAACAACGCUUCGUCGUCACUCGCGCGUGGAAGCGCGAGAAGAAAGGGAUGAAGGUGGUGCUCAUUGGCGAUAGCUCGGUUGGCAAAUCAGCCCUGGUCUAUCGCUUCAUUAACAACAAGUUGCUGUCAGAUCCCAAAGCCACGGUGGGCAUCUCUUUCUUCAAGCAGUCAUUGUGGGACCCGCAGAUGAACCAGCAGUACCCCAUGCAGAUUUGGGAUACUGCUGGACAAGAGAAGUUCCAAUCUGUCACCACGCACCACUACCGUGCGGCCGACGGAGCGUUGCUGGUCUUCGACAUCGCCAACGAGCGAUCCUUCCAGAACCUCGACAAGUGGCUGACGGAGCUGCGAGAAAACACGGACCCAAGUGUGGUCGUGGCGCUAGUGGGCACCAAGACGGACCUCGCGUCUCAGCGACAAGUGGCCACGGAGAGGGCUCAAAGCUACGCCAGAAGCAAUGGGCUUCUCUACGUGGAGACCUCGGCAUACUGGAACAAGUUUGAAGGCGGAGAUAAGGACUUGGCGGUGGGUGUGGAGCAGAUUUUUCUGCGGCUCCUUCGAGGCAUUCUGCAGAAGCAGAAGGAGCUGGGCCGAAAUCCAGCCCGGCUCGAUAUGUCCGGUUAUCCCGAGGCGAUCAAUCUUGAAGAGGAAGGCCGCCCACAAAAUGAAUGUGCAUGCUAG